CCGCUCCCCGCACCUCGAGUAGCGUUCCCCGCCCGCCGGAAAAGCAGCAAGAUGGCCGGCAGGAAGGGCGUCGCGAGGAAGAAGGCGGUCACCCGCUCCGUCAGGGCCGGGCUCCAGUUCCCCGUCGGCCGCAUCGGGCGCUACCUGAAGAAGGGCCGCUACACGCAGCGCGUCGGCUCCGGCGCCCCUGUCUACCUCGCCACCGUCCUCAAGUACCUCGCCACCGGGAAGGAGCCCAAGAAGAAGGCCGCUGCUACCAAGUCCCCCAAGAAGAAGGCCGCAGCCACAAAUUAAGGAGUAGUUGUCUGCAAUUGAUCUUGUGAAUGAUCGCCACCUGCUUUUGCUUCUGAACAUUUGUCAUCUGUAUGAACUUCUCUCUUCCAUCAUCUGAAAAUCCCCCCGCUCUUUGCUCACCGAAACAAACAGGGUAGUACUCAAUUUCAGCCCCUCAUCUUAUGUUAUGUCAAUCACACAAAUCAUAGACC